UUAAAUGCAAUGCAUUGCAUACAUACAUAUAUGUGCAUAUAUAAGUAUAUGCAGGUAAUAUAACACAAUACAUUUAGUAGCAUUUUCAAUGCAGGAAAAAAUUACGCAUUGCUGCAUGCAGCAUUAGGAAAGUACGCAAAGAAUUUGAAACGAAAGUACAAGGAUAUGACCGUAUAUAUUUUACACAAUACUACCAUAAUACCACAACACUUGCCUUGCAAUAGUAGCCAGUGUCGCUGUAUUUUCAUUGAAAAAUAAAAACAAAAAACACAAAAAUAAAUGUAGUGAAAAUUUCAAAUCACUCACAAAAGCAACAGCACAAACGAAAGGAAAACAGAAACAAAACACAAGCAACAAACAAUAAAACUAUUGUGGAAAUGAAACAGGAGAAAAAACAAGCACAACAAACCCGACUUAUUGCGCCGCCACACGCACCUCACACACCUCACACUGCACACUGCACACUCAGUUGUAACCAUUUGGAGCUUCGCUCUCUUGCAGUCGUUAUUUUGGCACACAAAAGUAAAAGUUCAACGGCGUAGUCGUCUACUAUUUGCGCUCAGCAUAGACGACAACAUCGUCAUUGUCAUUGCCUUCAUCAACAUCGCCAGGCUCGCCUUAGUCGUUAUCAGCAUUGCUGGCGAAAUAGACGACAUUCUGUCCUUUCACACCUGUUCGGCUAGACAGUUGUGUUGUGUCGUACGCUCGCCGAAUAUACACACUGAAAACUUUUCAAUGAAAUUGUCGAAAUUUUUAACGCACUAAAAUCACUCAUACCGAGACCGAGUGCUGUCUGUGUAUACUUAUAUAUGCAUAUAUGUAUAUAAAGUUUCUCUAGCUAUGUUUUUGUGUCGGUGUAGGUGUAUAAAAAACAACAUGCUCUUACUAAUUAACACUUGUUUGAACUCACCUAAAAGCGAAUGCAAGUAAAACAAAUUAAAUACAUGAAAUUUCGCUGAGCCAAGUACGCCCAAAGGAAUAAAAUAAAAGUAAUAAACAAAACAAAAAACGAGUUAAAGUGAAAGCGCAAUAAAAGACUCCCAUAUACAUAUUUAUAUGGGAAAAUAAAUGUUCCAGCUGGAAAUAUGUAAUUUGAUGCACAAAAAGUAAAACAGUAAACAUAUAAAUAAAUAAAUAAAUAAAUAGAAGAACCCAGCAGCACAACCGGGCAUCGACAACAGUAAAUUCUAAGCAAAAGGAACCUUGAUCCAAACAACCACCGCUUAUAAAUUAUUUAAGACAAUCUACCAAAUGAAACUCGUUUCUGUCCAAAAAUGCAAUAAAUGCAAAAAACGCACCUAAACCGAAAUCGCAAACAGCAAAGCAACCACAUUAUACAUAUGUACAUAUACAAACUUUUUUCAAAGACUCCAAACAUCCAUCAAAAACUUAUCAAAGUGCUAAGCGGUUAGGAAAGCUGUCGUAAGAACAAAGGAGAAUUUCACUAUUAUUUUAAAGUUUUCACUGUGAAGGGUUUGACUGCAGUUGACGGAGAGUCGCAGAACACUAUCGGAAAACAAAAUGUCGAAUCUGCUCUACAUGGAUGAAACGAAUUGUAAUGGCGUAUACGCAUCCAAAGUCAACAGUGUGACAACAACACUAACAUCAGCAAGCAACAACAUCAUUAGUAACGGCAACAAUAUUAUACUGGCAGGAAAUAUUAGUAUGAGCAAUAGUAAUAACAGCAACAACAGCACUGCUAACAUCAUAAGCAACACAAAUACAAAUAAUAUCAACAACAUUAACAUCAUGAAUGUGGCGGCCUCGACUGUGACAAUGACAGCAGCGGUUGCCAACGCCAACGCCAACGUCAACGUCAACGCUAACGCCAAUGCCGCCGGCACCGGCAUCGUGUCAGCCACACUACCCACAUCCGUGUCCAAUGAGGAUCUAAGCCAGAGUUUAUCGGAGUACACGGAUGCCGACGAAAGCAUAUCAGCACCGACCGAGUUUCUUGCUGAGUUUCUCUCAGCAGUGAUGCUUAAAGAUUACAAAAAGGCCUUGAAAUACUGCAAACUGAUUUUACAAUACGAGCCAAACAACGCAACAGCCAAAGAAUUCUAUCCGCUUAUAAUCGAAAAAUUACGAGGCGCUGCAGCCAGCGACAGUGAUGAAAAUUAUAAUAAAUCUUCUUCACCCGAACCAGUUUUAGAGCUGCAAUCCUCGGAUCCUUCAGCAGGCGAAAGUGAUGAGGCGGCCUUUGAGGACCAGCCGAUUGGUUUAAUGGACGAUGGGCUUGAUGAGUACGGAUUGCCUGAGGACAAUUGCAAUUCAUUGGGUGAAACGAACAGCCAUGAGCUGAAUGUGAGCAGUCAAAGUGGCAGUAGUGAUUCCGCGGGUGGUAGUUUGAGUGAAUCGGUUGAUGAUGAAGUUGAGGAGGAGGAGGAGGUCGAUGAUGAGGAUGUUGCUGAAAUCGAUGAUGACGAUGACGAUGUGGAUGAAGAUGACGAUGACGACGACGACGACGACGAUGACGACGAUGAUGUGGAAGAUGCCAUUAGCAGUAGCGGCGAUGAUUUGCCAAUCGAUGAUCCAAAUUCGAUUGGCGCUGCAGCUGGCACCGGCAACAAUUCACUCUCAUCGCGCAACUCGUCAAGCGGCGGCGGUGGCGGUGGACGCAGUCGAAGCGACAAUACAACGCACUCCUAUUCGAGUUUGUUGCUCGAGGAGGAGGACGACAUAGCGCCGGUUAGUUUGAUAUUCACCAAAGAACUGUCAUCACCCGACUUGGAUGUCAGCAAUGGCAACAAACUGCCAUCAACAUCGUGCAGCGACUCUGAAUCACCAACGGAACCGUUGACGCAGCGACUCGCAGCCAUUUUGCGCUCCAAAUGUGGUGUGUCCAGUGCUGGUGACAACUACUAAAGGUAGGGGGAAAGGAAGACCUGCUGGCUAAAGCAGAGACAAGCAUGCAGAGAUCGCAUUGUUAUCAGGAAGGCAAAUGGCAAACAAACAAAAAUAGCUACAAAUGCAUACUAAUAACAAAAAUUUAUAUGAACCAUAGAUGAAUAUAUAUUUUUCAAGUAAUCACUUGUAUGUGUUGAGGUGUUGCAUAUGUAUCGGCGUGUUUAUAUUCUUGCAUAUAAUCGAAACCACACACACAAGUAUAUGUAUAUUGACCUUCGUGAAUCUAUUACACAAUGUAUGUAUAGUAUGUAUGUAUAUGUAGCAAUUGUAUAGGUGAUUUUCUCGACUAUAAACAGUUAUACUACGGUAUGUUAUAAAAAAACUGACGCGACCCAUUAAAACUUAACCGUCGUCACUCACAACUCCAUUCAGUUAUUGAGCUCUGCGUACAUGCAAAUAUAUAUUUUUUUGGAUUAAGGCGUUCAGCUCAACGAUGUGCGAUAUUGAUAUAUAUGUAAAUGUAUACUUUGUAAAAUUAAAUACUCACUCUGCAAAAUACGAAUACGAUUCUUAUACAUAAUAAAAACGAUACUUAUAUUUAGUAUAAAAUAUAUACACACAUACAUACAUAAAAGAAUUUUUAUAGGUAUAUAUAAUUAUACUUACCAAACGACAGUUAGAUUUUAAAAAUCAUUUCGAUAUUUAUACGUCUCCAAAUUAUGCAUUAA